AUGAACAAGCUGCCGGCGGACGCAUUCGCCGCUUCCAUCUGGCAUAACGCAGCCAUUCCUCGAUGUAAGCAAUUUCUGUGGCUCCUACACCGCGAUCGCCUUCCGUCUGCGGCUCUCCUCCAUCACCGGCACAUUGUUGAGUCCCCGCUGUGCGCCUACUGCGGCGAACAUGAAGAUCAGCACCACAUCCUGCUGCAGUGUCCUCCGGCCAAGCUUGUAUGGCGAGCUAUCGGCUGGCCGGCCGCGCCUGACCUCCUCGACUUCCGGGAACUCUGGGCGCUACCUGCCCUACCAGAUGAAACACCGCCGGCGGUGCGGUCCGCCAUCAUCACCGCCAUACUUUGGAACAUAUGGAAAGCGAGGAACUCUUGGAUCUUCGACAGCUCCCUCCACUCCGCCGCCACAACCGUGUGCAACAUCGCUGGUGACCUGCGCCUCUGGACAUACCGUGUCAAGUCCACCCUGGCCUCUGAUUUCCUCCGAAUGUGGGCUCAACAGCUUCAUGUAGCCUAG